AGUAAAUAUUUUUUCUAAUUUUUUGGGAUUAUUAAGUCUUUUAUGAUCACAAAAUAACACAAUUUGACGGUAACUAUGUGUUGUAGUUCCACAUUUACAGUGAAAUUACUCGUCUGAGAUAACCCUAUACUGGACUAUAAUCGAAAAUAGAUUAAAUAUAGGCUUGAACUGAUAUCAACAUGUUUAUAUAGUUGAUACAGUUGUUUUUUUUGUGUACAGUAGGCACAAUGGUACAGGCCUAUUAUUAGAAAAUUCCCAGAAAUUAAAUUUAACCUAUGUAGGCCUACUCAUUUUGAAAUUUUUACCUACCGUGGAUCGUUACAGACGAACGUGCUGAACCUCAAGGAUUUGUGAUGUCUGCUUUGGGUUCGUUGGAGUUGUUAGCUGCUGGAUUCUCUGCGUCAUUCGGGGUAGAGGUUCUGCCACCAGGAGCAGCAGCAUCCAGAUCAUUGGAUACUCCUCAUAAGCUCACCAUCCAUGAUCUCUUCCACAUCUCCCAUGCCAUGGUGCCAAGAGAGAUACCGGAGACGACGCUAAGUGGUGAAAUAGAAGUGAAUAUUCGAAGCAUGAUUGGGACAACGUCGGUGGUCAGAAUUAAGCCAGACCAGAAAAUAUCAGUUAUGAAAAGGCAGAUGAGCCGGAAUCCGGAAAAUCUAAAAUUCAUAUUUGAUAGAAGACCCUUGAAAGACGAGAAGACAGUUGAAAUGGAAGGCAUCCGAAAUGGUGGCACAGUCUAUAUGAUUGAUUUGACGAAGGACGGCAAAUCAGGUUUCUAUGAAAUGGAUACAUCUUUACUUGCACGACAAUUCGAUUACGAUUUUACGAAUAAGAGGGAUGGAAAUGAUGUUUACAUGAGAGGGGAAUAUCGAUAUUAUCGUCCAUGUGGCUGGUAUAGGUACGCAGUUGCUGUUACUGAUGUUUACAGAGAUAACAAUUGGCUUGGGAAACAUGGAAUACGGAAAACAACCACGACGGGUGAAUGGCCUGUUUCCUAUCAUGGAACGAAGAUGAGAGACAAAGAUGCAGUUAUCCGGAAGUUCAGAAAGGGACAUGCGAACGAGUACAUCAGAGGAGUCUACAGUAGUCCUUCCUUGGCUAUCAUCGAUGAAUUCUACGCUCAGAUUUUUGAAUUCAAAGGAAAAAAAUACAAGAUCGCUUUGCAGAACAGAAUCAACCCUGAUCAGGGUGGUGCCCGCAUGAAAAUCAUUCCAGCCAAUCAGACGGAGGUAGGAGCUGAAUACUGGGUAUCACCAAUGGAAAAUCAAUCUGAAAAAGUAUUUGAUGUCAGACCUUACGGCAUUAUCAUCAAACAAAUUGAUGUCCAGGAAGACAACUCCACGUCCAAGCGUUCCUGCAUUAUCCUCUAAAUGACAACCGAACUAUAGUAAUACAGGUCUCUCAAGACCAUUGGGAUCGGGGUUUCCAUGGUCUUUGUAAAAUCAUCCCUAAUUAGAAAAAUAAAGAUAAAAGGCAUUUGUUAAUAUGGGACCAAAAAGUGGUCUUUAAUUGGAGACCGAGGGGUCUCUAAUCAGGGGGAGACCUGUAGGAAGACAUUUUUAAAGUUAAUAUCUCUUUACAAUAAUCUGUACCUACAAGUUCUGAUUGUCGAAUGUAGGCGGGGCCUAAAAUCAAAUCUUAAGGAGGUCUUGCUAAAAAAUGUUUACAAAAAGGAACAAGUACAUAUGCAUGAAAAUAUGUCGAUUAUAUAUACAGUUUAUAUAUAUAUAUAUAUAUAUAUAUAUAUAUAUACAUUUAUUUACAGAUAUAUAUUUAUAGUAUUACUGCAAGACGGUUUAGAGUUUAUCUCUUAUCAUAUGAUUUAUAAAAAGCAUCUUCUGAGAUCUCGUCUUGUCAAAUGCUUAUAAGAAGAGGGCGUAUCCAUUGAUCUCUGUUAUUUGUUAUGCAUUAAGGACUUGUGCUGUCUCUAUGCAUUCGCACGAGUGUGAAUAAGCAGAUGUUCAGUCGGAUUUGAAUUCCAAACGAAGCCUCAUGAUGGCCCAAGCAGAAUGUCCCGUGUUCGAAUUCCGAUUGUGGCACCUAUUUUUCCACGAACUCGCAGAUUCUUCUUAAAUGUUUAAAAUGAUAUCAUAUAAUGAUAUAUAUAUAAUAAUAAAUCAUCAAAGAAAGGUAAAUACAGUGUUUUAAUAAAGGACAAUAAUACAUCGCGUAGCAUAGCUCUCAA